UUAUGGGACACAAUUGAACCAGGCGUUUCAUUCCGCUUAGAGCGCUUUAAGCGCUUGCACUAGUUUCUUCAAGACAAUACAGUAAAGCAGUCCAAAAUAGACUUAAAAUGGACUUAAUAAAGCAUUUAUUUAUAUUGACGCUUUUUGUAAGCACAGUUGUUAGUGAUUUGAUGAAGAAUAUAAAACCGGAGUUUUACAAACAGAAUGAUGAAGCGUGCAAGGUGUUGGAAAAGGAGCCGUAUUUCGACAUAGAUCAAGUGGUUGGCAAGCCCUGGAGAAUAUAUUAUACGUGGAACAUGAAACUAGAUAAAAAAUGCUUGGACAUGAACUUUAAGAAUGCCACACAAUCGACGAUCCACCGAAUCUGGAACGAUAUGUACGAGUACCUCGAGAUGCAGCCCAACUGGGAGGCAGCCACGCUCCACGUGACCAUGGGGAAGGCGCGCCACGAGCUCCUCCUGUUCGCGGACCAGGGUCCCGCUGGCAGCUUCGUCGGUGUCCCGAAUGUUGUUAGAGAUGGGAACAUAUCGCCAACACGCAAAGCAGUCCCUCUCCUAAAAUUCCGGAUGAAAUUACUCCGUGCUGGUCAGUUUCUGCUCAUGAUGGAUUGCCACAUGGGAGUCGCCUCUCUCUCGGCCAGGGCUGAUCAGAUGCCGUACAGGUCUGAGAUAGAGCGAACUGCUGCAGAACUCCACCUCGGAGAUGGGUUUCCAGCAUGCCUGAACGACACGAAUAAAGAUGAGAAAUUCUUUGUGCAAUAAAAUUGUUUUUGUUCUUUUAUGGUUAAUAAAUGCAAUACUCUA